UGGUAAGAUGAAGCAAAACAACAACCCAGAGACUGCGGAUCCACUCCAGGCUCCACUGCAGUGAUGUGAGGCAACCUGCCAAAUCCAAUGACACAGACCUGAUUUUACUGGUGAAGGACCAGCGGAGUCUCCACCUGCAGACCUGACCGGCUUUCACUGCAGUUUUGCACACAUCUCACCCUGAGUAAAAACCUUCCUGGGCUCCACAAACACUGCCGCUGCCCUCUGCCACACUUCUCUUACUCCCAGAGGAGCCGCGGGUUGGACUCGACAGGGGAGAAGAAUAACAUCCACACCGCCUGCCUCGUCUUACCUUAACGUGCGUAAUCGUUUUGCGCUUCAGUCCGCAUACUGGCCACAGGAGAGUUUAGACCUUCACUGGAGUACAGCGCACUGAGCUCUCAAGUGAUCGGACCCUCAGUUUGAUGAGUGAAGAUGAUUCCUGUGCUGAUCUGUGUUUUGAUCUCACUGAGUGCAGCAGCCAGUGACUUGGGCACUCUGUAUCCUGAGCUGGAGCACUCAAGAACCAUCUACAUCACAGAAAAUGGCCCUCAACUCUCAGUGGUGGCAGAACAACCUAAGGUGGUGUCGAGGCGAGGGGCAAAUGUUACUUUACCAUGCAAGAUCCAACGGGACCAAUCGUUGGCACCCAGUCGUAGGAUGAGGAUCAAAUGGACCAAGCUGACUUCAGACUACCUGACAGAGGUGGAUGUUUUUGUUGCCAUGGAUUAUCACAAAAGGAGUUAUGGCAGUUUCCAUGGACGUGUCCACCUACAAGGCUCCUCGCCCAUGGAUGCCUCUCUGGUCAUCACAGAUAUCACUCUGGAGGAUUAUGGGAGAUACAAAUGUGAAGUAAUUGAUGGGUUGGAAGACGGAACAGCAGUGGUGUCCCUUGACCUAGAAGGUGUUGUCUUCCCCUACUUCCCCCGCCUGGGUCGCUACAACCUGAAUUUCUAUGAUGCUGAGCGAGCAUGUCACAACCAGGAUGCCAUAGUGGCAUCCAUUGACCAGCUGUAUGAUGCGUGGCAAGAAGGGAUGGACUGGUGCAAUGCCGGCUGGCUGAGUGAUGGGUCAGUCCAGUAUCCGGUCAUCACCCCCAGAGAACCCUGUGGAGGCAAGAACAUGGUGCCAGGCAUUCGCAACUAUGGCCAGAGGGACAAGGACAGGAACCACUAUGAUGUGUUCUGCUUCACCUCGUACUACAAAGGUCGGUUCUACUACCUGAUCCAUCCCUCCAAGUUAACCUACGACGAGGCGGUCAGGGCUUGUCAAAAAGAUGGUGCUCAAAUAGCCAAGGUCGGCCAGAUGUAUGCUGCCUGGAAGCUACUGGGAUUUGACCGCUGUGACGCCGGCUGGUUGGCUGACGGCAGCGUCCGUUAUCCCAUCUCCAACCCCCGCCGGCGCUGCAGUCCCACAGAAGCUGCUGUGAGGUUUAAUGGCUUCCCCGACAAAAAGCACAAGCUGUACGGAGCGUACUGCUUCAAGAGCCUCAACUGAGCUACAAACACACACACACACACACACCGGCAACCUGUAAACACAUACAGUACAUGCACACCUUAGCCCUUUACCCUACUCUAAACCCAAUCCUACCUUUAGCCAUCAAACCAUGUCUUCACAAUGCUAAAAUGUCCUCACAAUGAUGGGUUUGAACUAAAAUGUGUCCACACAGCCAUAGAAACACAAACACAAACACACACAUACACACACACACACACACACACACACACACACACACACACUAGUGGAGUGAAGAGGGAUUUGAGAUAUGAACCAACACAUUCAAACUGUGAUGCUUUGUUUCAUGGAAACCUUAAGACAGAUUCCUGUUGCUUUGUCAUCUGGGACCUGAUGCUCUACGAUGGGUAGUUUACACAUAUUUAAGGUUCAUAUUAUUUAAUCAAUGAAUCUGAGAGGAAGAGGGUGGGCUGGUGGGGGGUGGUGGACAUCACAGCUACAGUACAGCCAUUCUGUCAUUCAAGAAUGGACUGUCCUAUUACAAGGGACGACACAUCUGAACUAAGAACGGUGUAACAUCAGAAUUCCUGGACUGAAACUUUGGGCACUUAUCUUGUUUUGUUCAGGACCUGAAAGAACAACAAAGCCAUGAAACACUGCUGAACAAGAAAGAUUGAAUGUCACAGGAACACGAGCUCAACCGAUCUUUGCUGUCCAUUCUUAACAAGGUGCUAUGACUGGUACUUUGUACGUCAUCAUACCGUCCAGUAUUUUGCGUCUUUAUACAAAUGUGUUGGACCAAACAUCGUCUCAUCGCUAACAAGAACAAGGAGCAUCAAUGCUUAGCAUUAUCUUUUAUAUGUAGAAUGUGAUCAUAUAGAAAUGUCUAUCUGUUAAUGAAUUGUUUUAUAUAUAUAUAUACUUUAGAAAUAUUUACAUUACUAUAUUUGUCUUUUUGGCCAAAUUAUGCAAGACUCUUGUUUACUUAAAACAUAACAGAGGAAAAACUCCACAGUACAAAAAAGAUAGAAAUGUAACUUUGCACUGACCAUACAGAAGAUGCCUACAGCAGAGGAGAGUAGUUCGCCCUAUGCAGCAAAAUAAAAUGCCUGGCAUUAAUAAACACAGGACUGUGCUGCAGAGUACUGUUACUCUACAAGCUCAGUAUCUUAGUUUGGCUUGAACCUCAGAGCAUGAAUUAGCUUCGCCAAGCACACAGCAGCGCAGCUCUCAGUGUAGCGUGAUACGCACUCUCUAGCACCUCGAAAAACUGGUAUUUUUGAUACAAACAUUGUAGUUUAUUAUAGUGAAUGAGCCACGUUUGUGUAACCAGCUCUCUGUACUCCACGACAUAGUCACAUCCUGUCACUUCGCUAAUGCCAAACCUAGCGGGGAACAACAAAAACAGUUGUUUCAUCUUUUAUUCAGUAGCAAAUAUCUUCAUGAUCCCACAGAUGUCUUCUGUGUGCCAAGAAUCAUUAAAUCAAAACCAAAACUAAACCAAACUAAUAUUAUAACUAACUUUAACUAUAGAAGGCCACAGCGAUACCUAACGUACAGUUUUAAUUACAUUUUUGGAUGAAAAAUAUUUAGCAACUUUUGCCAUUACAGGAAACGAGAAACUAAAAAAAAAUCAGCUUUGAAACUAAAACCAUUUGAGCACAAUGGGGAACACUUUGUAGUCAUGGAGGAAGGUACGGCGUGCUAAGGUCACACAUGGGACCUAGCCAGACUCUCAGUGAGCAUGGCUUUCCUGGCAGCAAACCGCUCCCUGAAUGCUGUCUAAGCUCUGCAAGUAAGCUCUGCAAGACUCUGGACCGUACAACCUGGCUCUGGGCGGGUCUGCGGCCAACCUCCACCGGCUGGCUGAAUGAGACAAAAAUACAAUGCAUUCAAAAAAAUUAUUCCUGUAUGGAGGAACUCAGGGUUUCUUCCAUGUAAGGAUAUCAGAGGAUAAACUGUGUAAGCUCACUGCACACAGUCCCAGCUGGCCCUGGCACUGGUUUAGGUCAUCUACUUGGACCUGGUGCACCUUAGCUUUACUUGGCCCCAUGUUUGACAAGCCUCUGAAUAAUCAGUCCUGCUACAUUUAUCACUGAAGGACUGCUGGACAAACCGAAGAAAUAGCUUUCUGUAAUGAGUAACCACAGAUGAUGUGGGAGAUAACUGUGGUUUACAGAACAGCUGUGAAGUAAGCACAGUACUGAAGAGUCCACUGCAGCAGAUGUUCCUUUUAACUUGUAUUAAUUUCAGUCAUUUUAAACAAUUUCCAAACAACAUCAAGUGUCACUUUGUUAAACGAAUGUUUCAACUUUUAGAGGAGUGCAACCCAUAGACUGUAUUUAAAAAUAGACAGCAUCUCUUGAAACCUCCACAAGUGGCCCGCCCCCUGCUGGCUAGUUGCAGUAUAGGUCAUAAACCACACCCCCUCCAUGUUAGUGGAUGAGAUAUGAGCCAACACAAAAGUGCCAGGUACAAAUCAAAUAAAAUUUUCCCAAAGGAGAUUUCUCUCAUUUUAGGUAGAUAUCAUCACACUGAGUUAUCUACAAGUGUUUAUUUUUCUGAUAGGUUUUGUUUUAAAUAAGUUAUUUUACAAUAUAAAAACAGGCUUAUUUUGUAUGAUUAGUGGCUUUGACUGGUGGUCUGAUACCAUAACUCCACCUCUGGAGGCUACUGUGCACAAUCUGGUUGCAAAGUGCAUCACAAGAUGGCAGCUUGGCUUCAUUUUUGCAUAGUUGUAGGAAAUGGUAAUGUGUCGUCCAUCUUUACAUACAGUCUACGGUGCAACCUCACGUCAAGACUUUAGCAAGUUGCAGCACCACACGGAAAUAGUUUCAGCUUUUAACAGCCCAUAAAACCAUAACUGGGUCUUUUUACAUUUCAGUUUCAAGAAACAGCAUAUUUCAUGUUAGUUUGUAAAAUUUAGAGGUGCUGAUUAAUAUCUCACAUCUGUCUGUUAAAUAAAGCUACAGCCAUCAGGCAGUUAGCUUAGCUUAGCAUAAUGACAGGAAAUGGGGAAACAGCUUGUCUGGUUCUGUCCAAAGGUAACAAAAUCAGUCUAGCAGCUGACUUAUUGACUCAGUUUUUAUAUAAAUUAAAUUAAACAAAUGGAAUAGAAGGCGUUAAUUGAUGAGCUUUAGAGAUCCCGUUAGAUGGAUUUCUUAAAAACCCUGGACAGAACAAGGCCUGUUUCUUGAGCGAAUUGUCUCCUGGCUGUAGUUUUCUUAUUUAGCAUACAGUCAUGACGGUGGUAUCAAUAUUCAUGUAUAACUUUUAGAAAUUUGAUUUGUUACCUUCUGUUUUCUGUACUGUGUGACUAAGACUGCUCAUCUGGAGCCAUGUUAAUAACUGAAGCAUACAAGGAAACAUUUGGUGCCCAAAGACAAAAGGACAAUAAAAAGGUACCUACACGAUGACUCUGCCUCUACUUCUUCACACAGGCCCCUCUGAGUUUUGUGUUUAUCUGAAAUGCAUCAGGACAACCUAUGAGCAACCAUGCUGCAGUUGCAAAAGUUAAAUAAAAGUCAAAUAAAAGAGUUCA